CAGGUUGAUGUGCAGCUCUCCCGUCAACACAGAGUAGAAGAAGAAGAACAAGAUGGCGGAACGAGGCUACAGUUUCUCCCUCACCACAUUCAGCCCGUCGGGUAAACUGGUCCAGAUUGAAUAUGCGCUGGCAGCUGUAGCAGCCGGAGCACCCUCAGUUGGCAUCAAAGCUUCCAAUGGAGUUGUCCUGGCAACAGAGAAGAAACAAAAGUCCAUCCUGUAUGAUGAGCAGAGCGUCCACAAAGUGGAGCCCAUCACCAAACACAUAGGCAUGGUCUACAGCGGCAUGGGGCCUGACUACAGGGUUUUAGUGCGACGAGCCCGGAAAUUGGCGCAACAGUACUUCCUGGUUUACCAGGAGCCAAUCCCCACAGGCCAGCUCGUCCAGAGAGUGGCCUCUGUAAUGCAGGAGUACACACAGUCUGGUGGAGUGCGUCCGUUUGGCGUGUCAUUGCUGAUAGCUGGAUGGGAUGAAGACCACCCCUACCUGUUCCAGUCAGACCCCUCUGGUGCAUAUUUCGCAUGGAAAGCCACAGCCAUGGGAAAGAACUACGUUAAUGGAAAAACAUUCCUUGAAAAAAGGUAUAACAAUGAUCUGGAGUUGGAAGAUGCCAUCCACACAGCCAUCUUGACAUUGAAGGAGAGUUUUGAGGGUCAGAUGACAGAGGAGAACAUUGAGGUUGGGAUCUGCAAUGAGGCCGGCUUCAAAAGACUCACCCCAGCGGAGGUGAAAGACUACCUGGCAGCCAUUGCGUGAACACACCCUCCCUGAUGACAGGGCUCUCUGGCCACAUUUCAAGACAUAAAAGCACAGUAGCCAACAGCCUCAUGACACAUUAUUGUAAACCACAGUUAUUCGAGAUCAUUAAUGUGAGCCAUCAGGAUCAGACAGCCUGUUUGGAAAUUAUGCCCGGACCUAUUUACUGAAAGCGACAGCCUGUGUGUGUGCAGCUGAUGUGGCUGCCAUUCAAAACUUCCAUCAACGAAUUGGCUUUGUUGUGAAACACAUCCCCUGGUUCUGUGUAAUGUGGCAUUUGGCUGCUGUGCAUAUGAAAAGGAAUGUGGGUUCUGAUGAGUGAAAUCUCAAGUCUUCCAUUGAAUCCUUCAAUAUCCUUGUUUCUCAUAAUUUGCAAAUGCAGUGCUAUCGGUUAGCAAAUUAGGCACAGUUGCUUUUAUGCUUUUACUCAGAAUGUCAUAGUCACAAAUGGCCUCUGGUUGAACAAAAGGAAAAAAAAGCUAAUUACGUGAUGAGGUAUGAAAUGCAAGAAAGAGAUUUGGUCAUUCAUCCUGGAAAAAAAAAGUUUCCUCUAUAUUCUUCUGACUGCACUUCAUUAGUACCCAUCAAACACUAGGAAUGAGGAUCAGCAAAAGGGAGGAUGCAAUGGGAGUUUUGAUAUUUUACGGUUAGGUUCUGGUUGCCUGUACAGCAGUUUUACACAAUGUACUUUUUUUCAGGCUAGAAACAAUUCUAGAGUUUGUAUUUUCUCUUCUGGUAUCUGUCACUUAUUCAAAUAAAAGAUGAUGAGAUGA